AUGGGAAUAAUUCGAUUUUCAUCGGCAGUUAUUUUUUGUAUAAUAUUAUUUAUAAUAAUAUCAAGUACAACUGCACGUAAAUCAAAACGAAGACAAGUAACACGUGCUAAUGAACGUAUUGAUUGUUUUCCUGAUGCUGGUUCACCAUAUGCAGGAUAUUCGAAAGCAUCAUGUUUAGCACGAAAUUGUUUAUUUGACGAUAGUGCUCAUUCAGGUGCUAUACAAUGUUAUUUACCACCAAAUUAUGGUUAUAUAUUACAAGGUUCUCAAGAAACAAUAAACAAUGGUAUACGAUUAAGAUUAAAACGUAACUCAGCAAUGGCUGGUAUAUUUUCACAACCUAUGGAAAAUGUUAUACUUGAUACUCAAUAUUAUACAGAUAACAUUAUACGAUUUAAAUUAUACGAUGCUGACAAUAAAAGAUAUGAGGUACCAAUACCAUUAAGACCUCCUUCUGAUCAGGUAUCAUCACCACAAUAUCAAUUUAAUUAUACAUCGGAUAGUUCACGUGAUAAUAUUCUUUCAUUUUCAAUAAGUCGUCGAGAUGAUAAAGCUGUUUUAUUUGAUACAUCACUUGGUGGUCUUGUUUUAAGUAAUCAAUUUCUUCAAAUAGUUACACGUCUUCAAUCACCACAUGUUUAUGGGUUUGGAGAAAAUAAUCAUGAUACACUUAAACAUAAUGUUCAAGAAAAAAAAUCAUGGGGCAUAUUUGCUCGUGAUCAAGGAACAAAUUGGGAUGUCAAUGCUAAUCACUAUGGUUCUCAUCCAUUCUAUCUUGUCAUGGAACAACUAGCAAAUUCAAAUGAAAUACCAUCAGGUCGUAUGCAUGGUGUUCUUUUACUUAAUUCAAAUGCAAUGGAUUAUACAUUUGAUCCAACACCAUCACUAACAGUUCGAACCAUUGGUGGUAUUUUAGAUUUCUUUGUUUUUCUUGGUCCAACACCAGAACAAGUUAUUCAACAAUAUACAUGGCUUGUUGGUCGUACAAUCUUACCACCAUAUUGGUCAUUAGGUUUUCAACUUUCUCGAUGGGAUUAUUCAAAUAUAACUCAUAUGAAAAAUAUUGUUAAACGAAAUCGUGAUGCUGGUAUUCCACUUGAUGUUCAAUAUGCUGAUAUUGAUUAUAUGGAUGCUGAAAAAGAUUUUACAAUUGAUCCAAUAAAUUUUGCAGGUUUAAAAGAAUAUUUUGCUCAAUUAAAUAGUGAAGGUGUACGUACAAUUGUUAUUUUGGAUCCUGGUACAAUUGAUGAUCAAAAAAAUUAUGGACCAACAAUAGAAGGAAUACAACAAGAUGUUUUCAUUAAAUGGCAUGAUGGACAAGGAUUAAUGAAAGGUUCAUGUUGGCCAGGUGAUGUCUUUUUUCCAGAUUAUUUUACUACUCGAGCACAGACUUGGUGGUCAAAAUGGAUUAAAGAUUUUCAUCGUGUUAAUGUAACUUUUGAUGGACUUUGGAUUGAUAUGAAUGAACCUGCCUUAUUUGAUACAAAUGAUGCACAACCUUGGAAUUGGAUGGAUACAGGAAGUAAUUAUACAUUGAAAUGUCCUAAAAAUGAUUGGGAAGAUCCACCAUAUCGUACAAAAGCUGUAUAUCGUUGGGAUCAAAAAACUACUCGAGCCAAUCGUCUAUCUGAUCGUACUUUGUGUAUGUCAGCUCCACAAGGAGAACUUGAUCCAGAAACAAAUCAACCAAAAUAUCGUCAUUAUGAUGUUCACAAUCUUUAUGGUUGGAGUCAAACUAAACCAACAUUAGAUGCUAUGAGAGAAUUAACUGGUAAACGAAGUUUAGUUUUACCACGUUCAACAUAUGUUGGUUCGGGUCAGUGGUCUGGUCAUUGGCUCGGUGAUAAUGAAGCUACUUGGCAUGAAAUGAAACGUUCAUUAAUUGGUAUGGUAGAAUUUAAUUGGUUUGGUAUACCAUUUAAUGGUGCAGAUAUUUGUGGUUUCGAUAAAACACCAACAGAAGAAAUGUGUAUUCGUUGGAUGCAAGUUGGAGCAUUUUAUCCAUUUUCUCGAAAUCAUAAUAUAUGGAAAACACCAGAUCAAGAUCCUGCUGCAUGGUCAUCAUCAGCUGUUUCAAUAAUGGUCUCAGCACUUCGUAUUCGUUAUACACUUCUUCCAUAUUAUUAUACAUUAUUUUAUAAAGCACAUACACAAGGUUCAACUGUUAUUCGACCAUUGUUUCAUGAAUAUCCAACUGAUAAAACAACUCUUGAUCUUUUCCUACAAUUUCUUAUUGGAUCUCAUAUAAUGAUAGCUCCAGUUACAGAUGAUGCUAAACGACAAGUUCAAGUUUAUAUUCCUUCAACACAUUGGUAUAAUUAUUAUACUGGUGCUAAAAUUCCAUAUCAAAAACAAUUUAUAACAUUACCAGCACCAUUAGAUACAAUUCCAAUUUUAUUACGGGGUGGUGGUAUUAUUCCAACACAAGAAUUUGCUAAUAAUACAAAAGCUUCAAGAUUAAGACCAUUUGGUUUAAUAAUCGCCGUAGAUGCAAAUGGUAAUGCUGAAGGUGAUAUUUUCUCUGAUGAUGGUGAAUCAAUUGAUACAAUUGGAUCAAAAUCAUAUUAUUCAGCAACAUAUAAAUGGUCAACAAAAGAAAAUAAAUUAACAAUAAAUGUUGUUGAUAAUAAUUAUUCACAAAUGUCAACUUUAAUCUUAGAUUCUUUAAGUAUUUAUGGAUUAGAUGAUAUUCCAGCUGUAAUUAAUAUUGCUGAUAAACAAGUUCAUCCAAAAAUUCGACCACAUACACAAAUUGUUGAUGUUAAUGGUUUAGGAUUAUCUAUGACUCAAAAUUAUGUAUUAACUUGGACAACAACAGAAACAAUAACAAUUGAACCACCACCAGCUCUUCUUACAGAAGCUAAAUAUAGAGUUGAUUGUCAUCCAGAUCCAGAUUCAACAAGUAAUAGUUGUGCAGCUCGUGGAUGUACUUGGAGUUUACCAGCUGAAUCUGGUUAUCCUGCUUGUUUUGUUCCAAAAGAAAAAGGUGGAUAUGGUCAAACUGAUCCUCCACAACAAUUAGCUGAAGCUGUUACACGUUAUUCUUUAUCACGUUUAUCAACAACACCAACUCAUCGUGCUCAUGUUAAUAAUCAAACAGAAUCAAAUUUGAAACAACUUGUUUCACCUCGAUUAAGUGAUUUUUCACUCUUUAAUCAUGACAUUGAUCAUUUAAAUGUACAAGUUAGUGUGUCAGGUCCACAUAUGUUACGUUUCACAGCUCGUGAUGCUGAUAAUUCUCAACGUUAUGAAGUUCCUGUACCUAUUAAUUGGAAACCAUCAUUACCAACAACAUCUGGUCAAGCUCAACUUAAAUUUGAAAUGACUAAAACAACAAAUGGUCAAUCUGGUUUUCGUGUUAAACGUACAGAUACACAUUCAAUUAUAUUUGAUACAUCAUAUUUUGCUGAAGGUUUCAUUUAUGAUAAUCAAUAUAUUCAAUUAAUAACAACAAUUCCAUCAAGAAAUGUUUAUGGUUUUGGUGAAAAUACUCAUCAAUCAUUUCGACAUAUUCUUCGUGGUUCAUCUCGUUAUGGAGUCUUUGCUCGUGAUCAACCACCACAAGGAGGAAAUGAAAAUUUAUAUGGUACACAUCCAUUUUAUAUGGCAAUUGAAGACGAUGGACAAGCAUUUGGUAUUUUAAUAUUUAAUUCAAAUGCUCAAGAUUAUAAAUUAGAUGAAUUUGAAGAUAAUCAAUCGAUGCUUACAUAUCGAACACUUGGAGGUAUAUUAGAUAUACUCUUUUUUGCUGGACCACGUCCAGAAGAUGUUAUUCGACAAUAUCAAAGUGUUAUUGGAAAUCCAUAUAUGCCACCUUAUUGGGCAUUAGGUUUCCAACUUUGUCGUUACGGUUAUGAUACACUUGAGAAUAUGAAAGCAGCUAUGCAAAGAACUUUAGAUGGACGAAUUCCACUUGAUGUUAUGUAUGGUGAUAUUGAUUAUUUUCGACAACAACUUGAUUUUACUUGGGAUCCAAUUCGUUUUAAAGGUUUACCAGAAUAUGUCGAUUGGUUACAUACACAAGGAAUGAGAUUUAUUACAAUUCUUGAUCCAGCUAUUGAUUCGGAAGAACCAGAUUAUUCAGUUUAUUCAGAAGGACAAAAAGAUGAUAUUUGGAUUAAAUGGCCAGUAGAUAAAAAUUUACAAUUUAAUGAAACAAAAAAUAGAAACAUGCUCGGAUAUGUGUGGCCUGUUGGUAAAACUGUAUUUCCUGAUUAUUUCUAUCCACCAGCUAAAGAAUGGUGGAAAAAUCAAAUAUUAAAUUAUUAUCAACAACUUAAAUUUGAUGGUUUAUGGAUUGAUAUGAAUGAACCAGCUAAUUUUGAUACAAACAAAGAUCAACCAUGGAAUUGGCCUCAUAAAGAUCCAUGGAAUCUUCAUUGUCCACUUGAAGAACCUUUAGAAUCACCACCAUAUAAAACUGUUAUAUUUGGUGAUAAAUUAUCUGAUAAAACACUUUGUAUGAUUGGUGAACAAACUGAUGGUCGAGGAAAAAUUUAUAAACAUUAUGAUGUACAUAAUUUAUAUGGUUGGUCAGAAACUAUUGCAACAUUACCAGCAGCUCGUGCAACUGAAAAUAAGCGUUCUAUAGUUAUCAGUCGUUCAACAUUUCCAACAUCCGGUUCAUAUUCUGGUCAUUGGUUAGGUGAUAAUACUGCUGCAUGGUCACAUAUUAAACAUAAUAUAAUUGGAAUGCUUGAAUUUAAUUUAUUUGGUAUACCAUAUGUUGGUGCUGAUAUUUGUGGUUUUGAAGGUAAUACAACAGAAGAAAUGUGUCAACGUUGGAUGCAAUUAGGUGCAUUCAAUCCAUUCUUUCGUAAUCAUAAUGGUAUAAGACAUAUGGAUCAAGAUCCAGGAAUAUUUCGACCAGAAAUUGUUGAAUCAAAUCGUAAUGCUGUUGAAAUACGUUAUAGAUUAAUACCAUAUUUAUAUACAUUAUUUCAUCGUGUUCAUAUCUCAGGUGGAACAGUUGUUCGUUCUAUGGCACAUGAAUUUCCACUUGAUUCAGAAUGUUGGGGAUUAGAUGAACAAUUUCUUUGGAGUUCACAUUUAUUAAUAGCUCCUGUUAUUUAUGAAGGACAUACAACAAAAACUCUUUAUUUACCAACAACUGAACGUUGGUUUAAUUAUUAUACAGGUGAAGAAAUUACAACACUGGGAAAUAUUACUGUACCAGCAGCACGAAAUUAUCUUCCAUUAUAUUUACGUGGCGGUUCAAUUUUACCACAUCAACAUGAGGCUAUGAAUACAGUUUUAUCACGUAAAAAUUCAUUUUAUUUAUAUGUUGCUUUAGACAAUCAACAACGAGCACAAGGAGAUUUAUAUUGGGAUGAUGGAGAAUCAAUAAAUACAUAUGAAACAUCACAUUAUAAUUAUUUUAUAUUUAAUUAUGAUGCACAACGUUUAACAAUUGAACCAUGGGCAUAUAAAUUUCCAGAUAUGACAAAUAAAUUAGAUGAAGUAUCUAUUUAUGGUACAACACAACCAACGAAAAUUGUUUGGAAUGGACAAGAUUUAGCAACGAAUAAAUGGACAUUUGAUGCAAAUACAAAAGUUUUAACAAUGAAAACUUUGGCUUUAGAUUUAUCUAAAACACAUAAAUUCGUUUUUCUUUAA